AUGAAGCAGCAGAAACUAUCUGCCUGGAAACCUACACUAACAUGUGGUUCCUUGUCACUACUCUUCCUCUUCAUGGCUUCUCUGUACAUCCCUAUUGGGGCCGUUCUAGUUUAUUACAAUUAUCAAAUUAAUGAAAUGGAGAUUUUUUAUUCAGAUAGCAAGAAGUGCAUAUUUAAUUCGGAGUUAUCAUCUAAUUUGUCGGCUUGUGAUAAAAUGUUUUCUGGGGGUGUUUCUACAGGCUGUGUGUGUUCUGUUCAGUUUGAGUUGCCAUAUCAAUUCAGGGGAAGUGUGUUCAUGUACUACGUGCUGACAAACUUCUACCAAAACCAUCGAAAGUACAUCAAAUCCUACGACCCAAUGCAGUUGGUUGGCAAAAACCCCGACAAAGAAUCAUGUAGCCCAUUCGUGAAAGAUCCCAAGACUCACAAGAUCUAUGCUCCUUGCGGUGCAAUUGCCAACAGUAUGUUUAAUGACACGUUUCAACUGCUGUACCAUCCGGAUCUUGGAGAUCCCAUGCAAAUUCCCAUUAUGAGAGAUAACAUUGCUUGGGAUACAGAUAGGAAGUAUAAAUAUAAAAAUCCCAAAUCUUGGAAAGACACUACAAAGCCUGCUUUUUGGACCCAACCAGUUACAUCCCUGGAUCCCAACAACUCGAAAAACAAUGGCUACCAGAACGAACCCCUAAUCGUCUGGAUGAGGACGGCUGCCUUUCCUACAUUUAAAAAAUUCUACGGCCGCAUCAAACGAUUGUCCGGAGAUUUGUUUAAUGAAGGAUUGCCUGCCGGGCUCUAUACACUGGUUGUUAAUUAUAAUUACCCAACAAAAGUAUUCGACGGUAGCAAAAGAGUCUUCCUGACAACGUCAUCUUGGGUUGGAGCAAAAAAUUUUUUCACUGGCAUAGCGUACAUUAUAAUGGGAAUUAUCUGCCUGGUUACCAUCAUAUUCUUUAAGAUUAUCACUCAUUUCUACGACAAACGGUUCAGGUAA